AUUGUAAAGAGAGAAACAAAAUGUCGGGGCCGGCGAAAAGCUCCCCGAAAGAUGCCCAAGUUAUGUCGGCUAUCUUGAAAGAUAUGGGUGUUCUGGAAUCAGAACCACGUCUGAUCAACCAGAUGCUUGAAUUUACAUACAGAUAUGUCACCGACGUCUUAGAAGAUGCGAAGGUUUACUCUAGUCACGCAAACCGCAAGAACAUUGAUGCAGACGACAUCAAGUUAGCUGUUCAGAUGAAAAUGGAUCACUCCUUCACCACUCCUCCUCCAAAAGAUCUGCUCAUGGAGAUAGCCCGUCAGAAGAACAGUCAGCCUCUACCGCUGGUGAAGCCCUACUGUGGUCCCCGCCUGCCGCCAGACAGAUACUGUUUGUCUGCACCUAACUACAGACUCAAGACCAUGAAAAAGCCAAGAAGUGUUCAGUACGGCUUGCCAAUGAGCCAAAGGAUUGGCAUCAGCCCACAGGUGAAGAGCCUGGGCACGCCCACUCUGGCGGUGGUGACCAAGACGCUUACCCAGCCCACCGUGGCCAUCCUCAACAAGCAGCCCGGCACACCCAAACCCACGGUGCGAGUCAACCCUGGCCUCGUUACCUUCCGUCUCUCCCCAGGUGGAAUCGGAGCCUCGGGCCUGACCCGCAUUAUCAGCGCCAACAGCAGCAGCGGUGCCAGCAGCAGCAGCGGCAUCAGCAGUCAGCCAUUGACGCUUUCUUCCUCGGCCACUCUGAGUUCUGCCACUCCGUCACUUGUCGUCACUCCCAACCCUCUGAAGAGGAAGAUGGAGGAUGAUGAUUAUGACAAUGUGUGAAAGUGAUGGUUGAAUGAGAGGGGGGAAUGAAGAAUCAGUAUGACAAUGUGUGAUAGUAGUGAUGGUUGAGUGAGUGGGGGGGCAUUUGUAUAUUGAUUUUUCAAGUAAUCUUUUUUAAUGAAUUUAAAAAUGUAUUUUUAAUGAUUAUAUUUUCUUUUGUUGUCUUUUUUUAUGAUUCUUUUUUGUUGUUGUUAAUGCGUAAUGUGGUUUCCAAUGAGAGUUGUGUAUAACAUGAAGAGGAUGGUAAUAUCAGGAUGUGGUGGGAUGUGUUGUGAAUUUGUUGAUGAAGGGUAUUUAUGAUAUUAAUUUGCGCAUGCUAGAGAGAUUACAUUUUUUCCGUGAAAAAGACGACAGGGUGUGUCAGUCUGAAAAUUUCCGUGUGGAAGUUUUCUUGGUCUCGG